AUGUGGAACUCACAGAUGUCGCCACUAUCAUUUAGGUCUCGGCAGCCAUUUUUGUUGGUUUUGUGUACGUUGCUGUUGUUGCAGUUUUCCUUCUUUUUUUCGGGGACAAUUGUACAGCCAGUAACGGCAGCAAGACACGUGCUUAAAACGGUUGUUCACCAUGCCAUUUCCUAUGAUCGCCGUCUUUCAAACAGCGAAAAUUCGGUGGUGUCAUUUGGCUCACAGGUUUCAUUGCUGCGUGGCAGUAUUGCGCUGUUCAACCCCGCCAAUAUUGCCUCUCACAGGAAGCAGACAGUUUUUAUUCCGACGGAGCAGCACAUGACGACGGGGCAGUGGGAAAUGUUGCAGGAGUUGCCUGUAAGAGGCAUCGUGGUUGCCCUGUCACCUGUCGACACGCACAACGAGAACUUUUUCCAGUAUUAUCUUGCACGUGGUAUCAUGCGGUUUCCGGUGUAUUUUCUCCCGCAGGACGGCGUGGCCGCGCGUCGUUUGACCGAGACGCUUAAAACUUUGAACGCUAGCGAGUAUGCCGUUAUUUCCGUUGGGGAAAGCGAGAAGGCGGUUGCGCCGGUAACCAGCAAUGCCGUUAUGAGCAUCAGUCUGUAUGCUUCUCUUAACUUCAGGCCAAAGGGGGUGAAGAAGUCGUCGGAGGUGCCGCGAGUGCUCAUCACGGCGUCAUUUGACACACUCGGUGUUGCACCGUCUGCUUCUACCACAGGUGGAGCCUCUGGCGUAGCUGCCGCGCUUGAACUCUGGCGAAGAUUUAAUGCGGGGGCUUCCCUGAUGGCCGACAGCAAAGGAGAUGAAACCUCAGAGCCACCAUCAUUGCCAUUUGGAUUCUCUGUGCUGCUGGGUAACACCGCUCGGUUUAAUUACGUCGGCACAUCUAAAUGGAUUGCGUCGCGUGAAGAGGGUGAAAUUGAUCAAUAUCAACUUGUGAUAUGCCUGGAUGAGUUGCUACUCUCUGACACCGAUGGCGAUGACCCUGAAAGUGAGAAUGGAAACAACAACGAUGCCACAAGUUUGUUCAUGCAUGCAGACGAGUCAUUUGCUAAGAGCCCACAGUUUGCCGUGGUGAAGGAGACGGCGGAGGCCACGGCUGCCCGUCAUGGGAUUGCUUUGACUGUUUUAUCCGCAAGGACGAACUACCACCACUAUGAUGUGCAGUUUGAGCAUGAGGUCCUGGGGCAUGUGCAGAUACCCGCCGUGACAUUUUCUUCUGUUCGUACCUACCGCAUCGACCAAGCUUUCCGUGGCGGCCGCGCGCCCAUUCCUUUAUCUAGCAUUAACCACACGGCCGGCACCAUCAGCUCGAAAAUGCCCAACAUUCUCGUGGCACUGAACCGCCGUGUAGAGUUUGUGUAUGCCUUUGCAAGGGAAAUACUAGGCCACUCUCCAGCCAAUGGGACACGGACGUGGGUCGGCAGUGCCGCGUACAUGAUGGGUCAAUUGCGUCACGCCUCCGAGCUUCAGCGCGGUCCGGUUUUUAGCGAAGGUGCGGGUUCACUGAAGUACGCGGAAACGCUUGAGGCACACAUGAGGUCCUCUGCUGCCACUUUUGCCUCUCGUCAUGCCGUUUCGACGAGUGUUUCGGUGUCAACGUUUCGUCUCAAGCUGCCUGGUGUGGUGCUUUUGGGCCCCUACGAUCAGGUGAUGAGCCUCUUUGUUUCGAGGACUCUCAUCGUGGAACUUGCUCUUUUGGUCGUGGCGUUGGUGUCUGUUGGCAUCUUCGCUUUGUUUGAAUUUGGCGCAGAGAAGACGGGUCGCCUUCUGUUCGAAGAAUUUGCGCCGAGCCUGCCAGGGAAGGAGGCGUAG